AUGGAAAGUAUGAAGACUACGAAGAAGCAGGGCUUCUUCCUAGGCGAUCCGAUCUGGAAUGCCUACAAGCGUCACGGUGGCCGCACUGCAUGUCUUUUUUGGCCAGGAUGUGCUUAUAACAUCUCAGGUUCGAAGCCAGAUAUCAAUAUACCGUACAACAAAAGCCUACCAUUUCGCAAGAGAUUCGAUAUGAUAGUGGACUGGCUACUUCUGCCGCAACCGCAUCGUCCUGGCCUUAUUACUGCUUAUAUUGACCAGCCUGAUAGUGCAGGACAUUAUGAAGUCAACGACAAAGAUAUCGAAUCUGCACUUUCGGAAGUUGACGAUCAUCUCUGGUAUCUCAUUAAACGACUUCGGAAUGAGAACCUCUUGCGUUGCGUGAACCUUGCCAUUGUAUCGGAUCACGGUAUGCAAAAAAUAAAUUUCACGCCCUACUUUUCUGAUAUGAUCGAUGACAAGAACGUUCUCAUCGCAGAUGGUGCUGUCAGCCGUCUUCAUAAGUACAAAUCCGCUCGCACAGUGGAGCAAUUGAUGAGUCCGUUCCAAUGCAGACAUGGAGACAAAUGGAAGGUGUACGAUAGAAAAAGUAUGGCGACCAGGAAGCACUUUCAAAAGACGCCACGAGUCGGCGACGUCAUCGUUCAAGGGCAACCAGGAACCCGCUUUUACAAAGAUGCAUCGAAGAACUGGAACCUCACCGGCGAUCACGGUUACGACUACAUCAAUCCCGCAAUGCACACAAUCUUCUAUGCCAUGGGGCCAUCGAUAAAGAGAGGCUCAUUUUUGCCGGCGUUUCAAAACAUCGAGUAUAUGAAUUUGUGGCUUAGUGAGUCGACCGCUGUUGUCGAUAUUCUUACAUCCGAUUUGCUUGGUUUACCGGAGGAUGUGCCGAAUAAUGGAACUCCCGGAACAAUGGACAAAAUUCUUGUUCAUGCUCCUUUCCGACCUACAGCGUUCUACACCUCUUUGCAAGAAUGCUUAGCCGUCAAUCUUCAUGGCGCAAACGGCUGUCACUCAUGUUCUUCUAAAGAUUUGGAGCGAUUGGAACCGCGGCUAUCGUGCGUACUGCCGCCAAAAUUUCCUUUAAAAAUCGCUUCGAUUAUCCCGAGUUGUUUCCAGAAUUACUGCGAAAAACUGGUGAUUUCUGGAUUGGGAAAAGACGAUCCGGUGGCCAUUGCGGAGAGGCUAGUAAGAGGUCAGACCGAGUUGCAGAGCUCGUGCAUAUUCUCUAACCGGAAGUAUGGGGCUUGUACGAAUAAAGGAAAUUCUUUAGGAUUCGUCACUAAAACUAUCUCUGCAAGCAAAUCAGACUUCGCAAACAUCUCUCCGAUAAUUAUUCCAUGGAGAAGCGGUUUUGUUGAUGAUGUGCUCGAUCCGUUGAAUAGAUACACCAGAUCGUUGGCCGAUCGGUUUGGGCAUCUGGUCGUCAUCACCGGUGCUGCAUACGACUACGAUUACGAUGAAAUCGCUGACAGUGAGACGAGGUUUGAAUGA